CGAUCCCCACCCCGUUCCCUCGUCCUUCCACCCCGCCGCCACUGCACAACACACACACGGGAGAGGAGCUCCCUCCUGUCCGAUGCUGCGCCGACGACUCUGGCCGCUUCACUGCCCUUCCCCGUCGCUCGGUCAUCUCUCCUCCCUUCGUUCUCCCCAGCAGCUCGCCGCGCCCCUCUUCCUCCUCCUGUGGCCGAGCGCAGCCACCACCUCGCCGUGGCCAUGGCCAACGGCCUUCCUGAGCUGCUCGUGCUGCCCUACGGCUUCCUUGACGUCGUCCACGACCUCCACGUGCCCGAGACCGACUGGAGCGGCCCCAAGUCGGCGACAUCGACGGUUCCCCGUCGCGUCCACUGGAGCUCCUCCUCGACCCCUGCCGUCGCCGACGCCGUCAACGCACGCCGCCGCGCCGCUGCACCUCGUCACCACAUCACCGUCGUCUCCGACUUCCUCCUCGACCCCAACUGCCCCGUGCCCUGCAACCCCUCACGUUGGAGCCCUGGAGCCAGACGCCACCGUCGAUGACGACUACUACUACUCAGGAG